GAGUUGCCAACAAUUAGCUCCCCAACGACCAAGAAUACUCGCUCAUCCAGACGCAGAAGACCGGCUUCGCCCAGCGAAGUUUGCCCAAGUGUCGAUACCUUGACAGAGCUAAGCUUACAGCCAGAAA